AUGCGUCUGCAAGAGUUAACAGAGGAGUUUUCUACAUUGCAAGGUCGUGUUGAUCGCGACAGGGAGGAGAAUGCUGCUUUUCAAGGUCGUGUGGAGCAACGUUUCGUUGAAAUUCGAUCUGAAAAUCAGGUUCAGUUUGCGAAUUUAGCAGCACAACUUCAACAAUUGCAUGAGGCGAUUCUUGGACGGGAAGAUCGAUUUCGCAACCCUCCGCAUGGUUCUCAUAUGGGAACCACAUCUUCUUCUCCGUUCAACCGUACAGAUUUGGAUUCCAGGAACCUAACCAAGGCAAUUCAGUUAGAGAUUCCAAUUUUCAGUGGCUUAGAUCCAAAUAAUUGGAUAUUUCGUACGGAGUUAUUCUUUGUUCUUCAACAGGUUCCAGAAGACUUCAAGGUACCCGUAGCUGGAUUGCGAAUGGAAGGAAUGACUGCAGCUUGGUAUCAAUGGAUGUAUAGUAGUGGUUUAAUCCGUUCGUGGGAGAAUCUGACCAAGGCUCUUCGUGAGCGAUUUGGAGCUUCGUCUUAUACCAAUUUGAAGGAAGUGUUAUCCAAAUUAACACAAAUUUCUACCUUACGCGAUUAUAUCCAGCAGUUUGAGGUAUUGAUCAACCAAGUACCUGGGUUGGAUGAUGAUUUGUAUAUGAGUUUUUUCAUAUCUGGUUUGCAAAGUGAACUUAAGAGUGUAGUGCAACUUCGUUUACCUGUUAAUUUGCAUCAAGCAAUGCAAUAUGUUCUCGCAUACGAUGAUCACCACAUGGAGCUUAGGAAUUCUUUUUAUUCCAGUAAUAAGAGGUUUCCUUUGAAGAUUUCAGCCUCAAAUACUGAUGGCACAGUGGCACCUUCUCACAACCAGAUUACCACUGCCCUUACUCCUUCGGUACUUCAACUGGGCUCCUCCAAUUCGAGGUUAGCAUUACCUGCUCCACCAGCCAUGAAAAAGUACUCACAUGUUGAUUUGCAUAAGAAACGAGAAUUGGGAAUUUGUUAUUACUGUGAUGACAAAUGGACACCAAAGCAUAGGUGUAAGAACAAAUUGAUGCUAAUGAUUGGUGAAUUCUCUGAUUCACCUGAAGAUGCUGACGCGGAAGAGGAGAUACUUUGGCAAGCUGAAGCCUUACCAAAGGACACACAAGAUGGUGCAUCGCAUACACUGGCUGAUAGAUCAGGUACAAACUCCUUGAUGUUUUCCUCUGUCAUCAAGCAUUGUGUUGUAUAUAUAAUGGUGGAUUCGGGCAGCACUCAUAAUUUCAUAAGAAGACAGUUAGCUGGUGAGUUGGGUUUGCCUAUUGUUCGUGCUAAGAAAUUGCGUGUGUUCUUGGGCAAUGUAGAGUGUUUGGUGACUGAAAGGAAGUGUCUCAGUGUUCCAAUUGAUUUGCAAGGACACCAGUUUCUGAUUGACUUUUGGGUGCUGGACUUAGUGGAUCUUAGUGUUAUUCUUGGAAUGCCAUGGUUGCAACAGUUAGGCAGGGUCACUCACGAUUAUAUGGACCUGUCCAUGGAAUUCCAGUGGCAAGGACAGCAGUUGAUAUUGAAGGGGAAUAUGGAUUCUAAGGAUCCUGGAGUGGAAUUGAAUCUGUGCAAAGACAGCAUCUCUCAUUGUUGUGCACUAAGCUUGGGAUCAACAGUACCUCAUGAGCUUCCUCCAUUUCGAGGCUUGGAUCAUGCUCUCCAUUUGAAGGACAACUCAGAACAGGUGAAUGUGAAGCCCUUCAGAUAUGCUCACCACCAGAAAUCUGAGAUCAAAAAACAGGUGAUAGAUUUGCUUUCAGCUGGGUUCAUACAACACUCUCAAAGCUCUUUUUCUUCACCAGUACUUUUAGUGCGCAAACAAGACAAUACUUGGCGCAUGUGUAUUGAUUAUAGAGCAUUGAAUGCUAUCACCAUCAAGGAUAGGUUUCCCAUACCUACUAUUGAUGAGUUAUUGGAUGAAUUGGGUGGAGCUGAGGUCUUUAGUAAACUGGAUUUGAGAGCAGGAUAUCACCAAAUCCGAGUUUUGCCACAAGACAUUCCAAAGACUGCAUUUAGGACUCAUGAAGGACACUAUGAGUUCCUAGUCAUGCCCUUUGGUUUGACAAACGCUCCCGCAACCUUUCAAGCUGUGAUGAAUCACUUGUUUAAACCUCACUUUCGCAAAUUCAUCAUAGUUUUCUUUAAUGACAUCCUAGUAUUCAGUAAGACAAUGGAAGACCAUAAUCGGCAUUUGAAAAUUGCCUUGGAGUGUUUGCAGAUGCAUAGAUUUUUUGUCAAGGCUUCGAAAUGUUCUUUUGGAGUCACUUCUAUUGAAUAUUAG